AUGCUGGAUAUAUUCCAAGCAGCGCCAGAGGGCAACUUGUUGAAGAGCUUGCUCCGCCACCAACUGGAUGAACCCGUCCCACAUUUCGAUUCGUCCGGUCGUUCGCGCUCUCUGUUCCCCAUUAACCCCGAAGAUCGACAUAUCCCGGUUGGCAAGGACCGCUGCUCUCUGCUGGAUCUAGCCGGUAUGGUCUCUCAUGCGAAAUACCGCGGCUUGCUUUCCAGCGUGGGGAUGAAGCCACGAGGAUCGGAUUCGGGCUCUAUGGCGCGGGUGAUAGAGAGGGUGAAGUCAAUAAAGCUGGGGAGAGCAGACAGAAUAAAACAUGAGAGUCAAGAAGGGACGCAAAAUUUGAAGGACAUGGAUCCCAUAACGGGUCCUCCCGCAGAAGGCGAUAUUCCGGCGUUUUUCCGCCAUCGUGCAGAGAAGAAUUCAUUCGGGGAUGAGCAUAUGGCGUUGAGAAUUGGUCCGUUGGUUAUCGAGAACGGUGUUGAGAGUACCAAGUCAGAUGCCCUGAUAACCCUAAGAGAGCCGCCUGUUUUCCAUGAAUGUUUUGAGCACGCAGCAAACCAGCCAGCUCUCGCGGUAGAGGGCACUCCAGAGAGGCUUCUCUGGCAGCAACUGAGCCGGCCAGUCAGUCAGCCCAAGCGAUACAAAGCCAUAAUGAAGCAAGUAGCGGGCGUGCCGUUCUCCGGACUCGAGUCCGAGCAGGAUCGGGAGCAGGAGAUCAUCAAGCUCGUAGUAGAGGCGAGUCAAUCGGCCACUGUUUCUUCAGAGUCAGAUCUACAGCAACACCCCGACUCGCACAUCUCGCAAAUCCUCGACCAGCUCCAGGAUCUCUUCCUCCGACGCGUGAGAGUCUACCUCUCCAGCAUCACAUCCCAACUUCUCAACCCAUCAACCUCACUAACAUGGAACCCGAUAACCAACACCAGUCACUCCUUCUGCGCCUCCCUGUUGGAUCCAACUCUGUUCACUCCUUUAGUCAACGGACCUCCCAUCAACCCUAACAUCGACACCUACCCCCUCUACCUGAUCAGCUUCUACACCCCUCCUCUCCAACCCAGCCAACAUCCCAUGACCGAAACUCCAAUCCCAAGAACCAAACACGACAUCCCCCCAGGCCACAUCCAAGAAUCCCUCAUCCAACCCUCCACCUCUCCCUCCUCCGACCUCAUCGACUCCCUAACCCACUACUUCACCGACUGGGCCUCCUUCCCUCGACCCCUAUACCCCCACCAACUGCUCUUCCCAUGGGACUGCACAGAAGGAUACGCCCGAUGCCCGAUGGCAUGCGGAGAGUGCACCCUAAGCACACACGUCUGGGCUUUUCCGUUCGACUCCUGGUCGCUCGUUUCUUUGCACUUGGGCAGAGAGAAACAUCUUUACCCGUUCUUGCAGGGCGGAGACUAUAAUCACCUUUCAUUGCGGAGGGCGAUUCACGCACAGAUUCAACCAUCAGGAUUAGAUGCGGAUCCAGAUCCGUCUCCAAACUCAGUCCCCCAAAUCCACGAAGAAUGGAUCCAAAACCGCCUGUCUAUCCUGCACGCCUCAUGGAUCCUCGCACGAACAGCAAGUAGCAUGGCACAAUCUCUCUCCUUCCGGAAAUCCACCACUUGGAUACCCAACCCAUCCUCCUCCACCCUCCCUGCCAUGUCCACAGUCAAACAGGCGGAAUCCACCGCGCCCAACCGAAUAGCCAUUACUUCGAGUGCGGCACAAACGCACAUUACUUCCUAUCUGCGUAGGCGUGGUAAGAUACAGACACAAGGAUGGUCGUCAAGGACGCUGAAAAAGAAGAACUGGGCGGGGUCAGGGGAUCGAUCCUGUAAAGGGUUUGAAGGAGAGGAUAGUACGCGCUUCACAGGGAAAUUUCAGAUCUUUUACAAUGCGUCGUAUACACCUGGGUCUGGAUCUGCUGGGGUGGAUGGAAGAAGCGAGUGCGUGGAUGCGCAGUUCGGGAGCAUAGUUGGGUUGACGGGUAUAGGUCAAUUUGGUGGAGAGAAAGCAUAUGAUCCGGCGAUGGAUCCGGGGGUGAAUUGUGCGAGUGGAUGCGGCAGUUCGAGUAUGCCGAGUGGUGAUGGAUCUGGGUCUGGCGGUGGAGGAGGAUGGGGUGAUGGCGGCGGUGGUGGUUAUAGCGGAGGAGGCGGCGGAGGAGGCGGUUCUAGUAGCGGAGGAGAUGGUGGUGGAAGCAGUGGGGGAGGGGAUGGAGGAGGCGGCGGAGGGGGAGAUGGGGGAGGAUGA